GGAGAGCGGCGGCCAUUUUCUCAUCGUCUCUCAGACCAAAUCAAACUAGCGCUAUCACGUGAUGCAACCGGGGGAGGGUGGCGCCACAGACAAUUCCAUCCGCCAUUGUGACAUCUGUUGUCACAGGUCUAUAGGCUGCGUAGUGAGGAUGAUAUUUGGUUAGUGUAAGUGUGUCAGGAAGACUGAUCAGGACCCAGAGCCCCAUCACGGUGCCUCCACCUCACUCACUGAUACAUGAAAGACACAAUGACCAGAAGAUCCUGGAACUCACCAACAAGAUCAUUCAGCUGCUGACUGGAGAGGAGGGGGAGUACAUAGAGGAACACAGGGGUCUGUACAAGGACGUGAUGAUGGAGAAUCACCGGCCCCUCACAUCACUGGAUGGACCUAGUAACAGAGAUACCCCAGAGAGAUGUCCCCGUCCCCUGUAUUCCCAGGAUUGUACAGAGGAGAAUCACAGGAUCCCACAGGAGGAUCAGGGUGAAGACCUGACUCUUAUUAAGGUAGAAGUUAUAGAGGAAGAAGAAGAGCCGUAUGUUACUGAUAUAAAGGCAGAAGAUGAUGAAGAAGAAGAGACAUAUGUGACUGAUACGAAGGUAGAAGAUAUAGAGGGAGAAGAGGAGACAUAUGUGACUGAUAUGAAGGUAGAAGAUAUAGAGGGAGAAGAAGAGACGUAUGUGACUGAUAUAAAGGCAGAAGAUAUAGAGGGAGAAGAAGAGACGUAUGUGACUGAUAAGAAGGUAGAAGAUACAGAGGGAGAAGAAGAGACGUAUGUGAAGGAUAUUAAGGUAGAAGAGAUAGAGGGAGAAGAGACGUAUGUGACUGAUAUGAAGGCAGAAGAGGGAGAAGAAGAGAUAUAUGUGAGGGGUGAUCAGCAGUGUAAGGAGGAGGAGAUCCCUACUCAUACCAGCACAGCAGAUGGAUUCACAAGCAGCGAUCCCUUAGAUGAACAUCUUGUUUUAUCUUCAAACGGUAAAAUAGAAGAUAACAAAAUCUUACGAGAAUCCUCAGAAGAAAAGCCUGAUGCUCUAAAUAUACAUUCAGUGUGUGUCGGUGUGCCCUUUAAUCUUGAGGAAUGUUCUCCUGAUGAAUCAGUUCUUACUGCGCAUAGUACAACUGGUACAGGUGAUACAGUCUUGUCAUCUUCUGAAUGUGGUAAUUGUUCUAAGUCUGUUUUCUGUGGGAAAUGCUGUACAGACAAAUCCCAUCUUGUCAGUCAUCAGAGAAGUCCUACCAAUGAGAAACCAUUUCCAUGUUCUGAGUGUGGGAAAAAGUUUACACAAAAAUCACAUCUUGUUAGACAUGAGAGAAGUCACAGAGGUGAGAAGCCAUAUCCAUGUUCUGAGUGUGGGAAAUGCUUUACACAGAUAUCUGAUCUUGUUAGACAUGAGAGAUGUCACACAGGUGAGAAGCCAUUUCCAUGUCCUGAGUGUGGGAAAUGUUUUACAGAGAGGUCACAUCUUGUUAGACAUGAGAGAAGUCACACAGGUGAGAAACCAUUUCUGUGCUCUGAGUGUGGGAAAUGUUUUACACAGGUAUCUGAUCUUGUUAGACAUGAGAGAAGUCACACAGGUGAGAAGCCAUUUCCAUGUUCUGAGUGUGGAAAAUGUUUUAAACAGACAACUGAUCUUGUUAGACAUGAGAGAAGUCACACAGGUGAGAAGCCAUUUUCAUGUUCUGAGUGUGGGAAAUGUUUUACACAGGAAUCGCAUCUUGUUAGACAUGAGAGAAGUCACACAGGGGAGAAACCAUUUCCAUGUUCUGAGUGUGGGAAAUGUUUCACACAAGCAGCCCAUCUUCAAAGACACCAGAGACAUCACACAGUUGAGAAGUCUUUUGUGUGCUCUGAGUGUGGGGAAUGUUUUAAUCGCAAAUCACUUCUUGAACAUAAGAUGCGUCAUACGGGAGAGACACCAUUUCCAUAUUCUGAGUGUGGAAAAUGUUUUAUAAGAAAAUCACAUCUUGUUACACAUCAGAGACUUCACAUGCAAGAGAAUCCGUUUCCAUGCUCAGAAUAUGGGGACUGUUUUACAAAAAACUUAAACCUUGUUGAUCUUCAGAAAACUCACACAAGUGAGAAACCAUUUGCAUGCUCAGAGUGCAGGAAAUGUUUUAUAAAGAAAUCAUAUCUUCUUAAACAUCAGAAAAGUCACAUCGGUGAGAGGCCAUUUCCAUGUCCUGAGUGUGGGAAAUGUUUUACACAAAAAUCGCAUGUUGUUGAACAUCAGAGACGUCAUACAGGUGAGAAACCAUUUCCAUGUUCUGAGUGUGGGAAAUGUUUUACACAGAAAUCAAGUCUGGUUAAACAUCAGAUGUGUCACACAGGUGAGAAACCAUUUUCAUGUUGUCUGUGUGGGAAAUGUUUUUCACACAAAUCGGAUCUUGUUAGACAUCAGAGAAGUCACACGGGUGAGAGGCCAUUUCCAUGUUCUCGGUGUGGAAAAUGUUUUACACAGAAAUCAGAUCUUGUUAAACAUCAGAGAACACACAAAGGAGAUCAGCAAUUCCCAUAAGCAAGCAGACAUGAAACAGGUUCUAGCAAUACUCUCAAAAUGUCACAUGCCAGACUGGUGGACCACGUUACUGUGCUGGACGCCAUAUAUAUUAGUUAUGGUAAAACUUCCCGUUGAUAACGUUAUUUCUCCUAAGUCCAGAGGAUGACAUUGAUAUGACAGCGAAUUUGCACCAAACGGUCAAAGCUUUCGGCCUCCCAGCAUGCAACGGGCCCGUCCACAUAUCCCCGCUUACUGGCUCAGGCAAAUCAGUUUUUCCAAAGCUCAAGGCAGGAGCAUCAUAGAGAGCCCUAGUCAGGUGAGAAGAACACACAUACACACCCUUCCGUACAAGAAGGAAGAGGUUAGUAAGUGAAAGGAUCCUCAAAUCAAGUGAGUCAGGUUGGGAUCCUGUGGACUAACGUUAUCAAUGGUAAGUUUUACCAUAACGACUAUUUCUCUGACGUCCUAAGUGGAUGCUGGGGACUCCGUAAGGACCA